AUGGUUAAACGUCUCAGGUUCGCAACCGUUGUCUCUCUCGCCGUUGCCCUCGCUCGUGCUGCGGUAACAUCGGAAUCGUACGUGUGGGAGAAUGUCAAGAUCGGAGGAGGUGGAGGAUUUGUCCCAGGCAUAGUCUUCAAUCCUAGCGCGAAGGGUCUUGCUUUUGCUAGGACAGACAUCGGUGGUCUAUAUCGCCUCAACGCAGACGAUUCUUGGACUCCUUUGCUUGAUUUCGCUGAUGAUGCACAUUGGGAUUACUGGGGCACAGACGCUAUCGCGACCGACCCAGUCGAUCCAGACAACCUUUACAUAGCGGCCGGCAUGUAUACAAAUUCCUGGGAUCCUAAUAAUGGAACUAUCCUCAUCUCCCAUGACCGCGGUGACUCGUUCACCGCUGUUCCGUUCCCAUUCAAAUUCGGAGGGAACAUGCCAGGUCGCGGACUUGGUGAGCGUCUCGUCAUCGACCCAAACAAUAACAAAAUCCUUUACUUCGGAGCUCGUUCGGGACACGGCUUGUGGACUUCUACCGACGCAGGCCAGACAUGGGCGAAUGUGACAAAUUUUCCCUCUGUCGGCACUUACGUUCAGGAUCCUUCCGACUCGUCCGGUCUCGGAAGCGACAUCAUGGGAAUCGGUUGGAUCACCUUUGACAAGAACUCCGCAACUUCAGGAGGAUCAAGUAGAAUUUUCGUGGGAGUUGCGAAUAUGGGCUCAGAUAACGUUUUCGUCUCCGAGGAUUCUGGUGCGACGUGGAGUGCCGUCGAGGGUCAAAGAAAUGACUUCAUCCCUCAUCAUGGCGUCCUCUCACCCGCAGAAGAUGCACUCUACAUACCCUACGCGAAUGGCAUCGGACCCUGGGAUGGUACUGCCGGAUACGUCAUGAAGUACUUCAUCUCGAACAGUAGUUGGGUAGACAUCACCCCUGCACAAGGCAUUGCCGACAAUAGCUAUGGUUACAGCGGCCUGUCAGUCGACCUUCAAAAGCCCGGAACGGUCAUGCUUGCUCCAUUCAAUGAAUGGUAUCCUGAUGCAAACAUAAUGCGCUCCACGGAUGGCGGUGCUUCGUGGACCCAAAUAUUCAGCUUUGGCUAUCCUCCGCCAGACUAUGCACUAGCGAUCUAUCCGAGUUACAAUUAUGACGUAUCUAAGGCGCCAUGGAUCACAACUUUCAAGACGGGAGACACGAAGACGGUUGGAUGGGGAAUUCAAGGACUGGCAAUCGAUCCAUUUGACUCAGACCAUUGGCUCUACGGCACAGGCCUUACGAUUUAUGGCGGCCAUGACCUGACGAACUGGGAUGCGAAUCCACGUAAGAACGUUACGAUUGCUAGUCUAGCAGACGGAGUCGAAGAAACUGCCGUUCAAUCGCUGACCGCUCCUCUAUCCGGUCCGAAGCUCGUAUCUGCUGUUGGUGAUGUUGGCGGUUUCGUGCACACGGACUUGACAAAGCCGCCUCCGACAUUCACGAAUCCAAUCUGGGCUGGGACUGCAAGCAGCGUUGAUCAUGCUGGCGCAAACAAUUCUAACAUCGUUCGCCUCAGUGGGAUCUCCGGUUCGAGCUCAGUAUCCGUCGCUACUUCUACUGAUGGCGGACAGACAUGGUCUCCGUAUGCUGGAGCUCCGUCUGUAUCUGACAACUUUUACGGUGGAAAGAUUGCAUCGUCAGCGAACGGUGAUACCCUCCUUUGGACACAAGCAACCGGUUUCUCUGGUGUCAGGUUCUCGAAGAACGGAUCACCAUUCACUGAUUCCAAUGGUCUACCGAGUGGAUCUACUGUCCAGAUCGCAUCAGAUAAGCUGAACAGCACCAUCUUCUAUGCUGGAGUAGGAUCCAAAUUUUUUGUCUCGGUCGAUGGUGGGGAAACGUUCACGCAGAAGAAUGUUUUGGGCAGUGCAACUAGUACAAAUCAGAUUGCGGCUAGCCCUUUCAAUGCAGGCGAGAUCUUCGUCUCGACAGACCAUGGUAUCUGGCACUCGACGGACUUUGGAACUCAUUUCGCAGGACUCGGAGGUCCGACUGCAGCAUGGAGCAUUGCUGUCGGAAAGGCUAAGGAAGCGACUGGCCCACCCGCGCUAUUUGCCGCUGCGACUAUUGGAGGAGUCAAUUCGCUGUACAGGACAGAUGACAUUGGUAUCAACUGGGCCAAAUUGCCGACGGUUGACAAGGCCCUUUCGUCUGCAUCAAACAUGGUGCUUGCUGCAGACCCGAAUGUGUACUCGCAGAUCUUCGUAGGCACAAACGGAAGGGGUAUUUUCGUCGGGCACGCAUAA